AUGAGCCCAGGAAGCGGCACGUCGCAGCUAAGGCAGACUUUAAUGCCGUUUCUCUAUCCUAUGCUGUCGAACUCCAUACCUAAACCCACCUCCGCGGCAAUUUCAAGCAGAAAACUCCUACGAUUCUCCUCUACGGCGACCACCAGACGACUUAACAGCACUCUACAUGGGCGCAGCGAGAUUAGAUUUCCCCACCCAAAGCCAUUCGCCAGAGACAAACCCUAUGAUAACAGCCACUUAAAUCCUUGUCCGUCCGAUUAUUCCCGCUCGAUUUUCCAAGACCGCUGCACCUUAACGAUCCACGCUGGAUCGGGGGGUAACGGCUGUGUUUCGUUCCUUCGAGAAAAGUACAUUGAUGAUGGACCUGCGAACGGAGGGGAUGGUGGGAGCGGAGGAAAUAUAUUCAUACAGGCGGUAGAAGGUCAAACUAGUCUUCACAAACUCGCGAGAAAAGGAAUAAUCAAGGCUGGGCACGGUAGGAGUGGCCAAGGAAAGUCUAAAGGAGGGCAGCGGGGUAAGGAUGUGCUGUUACAGGUGCCUGUCGGAACCGUCGUCCGCGAGAUCGGGCGGCUUGAUCCCCUGGAAGAGGAAGAGCGCCGGUUGGCAGAACUUAUCCGUGAAAUGGGAAAGGAUGAGGGAAUGCGCGUUGCGUCGGAACGGCGGGAACGAUGGGUCUUUUAUCCCGGUUCGCAACCUUCUGAUUUCCUCACGGAAGACUUUCCAGUGCUGCCACCUGCUCGUCGCUCUGCGCUAGCUGCCACACAACCCAAGGCACCCAUUUACCUUGAUCUCUCAGAGCAUAUGCCGGACCCGAUAUUGCUUGCCGCAGGGGGGGUUGGCGGUCUAGGAAAUCCGACCUUUGCGUCCAACACGAACCCAAAGCCCCGGUUUGCAACCAGAGGUGAAAAGGGACUAAAACUAGAGCUUGAAUUCGAGCUUAAAUUACUGGCUGACGUUGGUCUUGUUGGGUUACCAAAUGCUGGGAAGAGUACGCUUCUUCGUUCAAUUACAAACAGUCGAACUCGAAUUGGGAAUUGGGCAUUCACCACCCUCUCCCCGAAGAUCGGCACCGUUGUGAUCGAUAAUCACUCGGGACGUCCUCUUGUCGAGCCUAAACCGGGCCAUCCUCGGCGGACCAAUUUCACCAUUGCGGAUAUCCCAGGGUUGAUAGAGGGAGCACAUCUAGACAAAGGCCUCGGUCUUGGCUUCCUCCGUCACGUCGAGCGAGCAGGUGUUCUGGCAUUCGUCAUCGACCUUAGCGCAGGUGACGCUGUCCAGGCGCUAAAGGGGCUUUGGCGGGAACUGUAUGAGUAUAACCGACUUCGAGAGCGGGAUCUAAAUCUUCAAACAGAGGAGCGGCUAGUCUCAUGGAUCCCGCUGGAUGAUCCCUCAUCAGAGCAAUUUGCCGACGAAUUCGGCGGCGCACAGCAGCUCACGCCACCCACCUUGACUCCAUCCCAGCGUGAUGUCUCCGCCAAGAGUCUUCCGCCUAUGUAUACGAAGCCGUGGUUUGUCAUCGGGACCAAGGCGGAUCUUCCAGAAACGCAAGAGAACUAUAUAGAUUUGCGUUCCUAUCUGGAAGAGGUCGAAAACGGCAUGGUGGAGCAUCCGUCCGGUCAACAAAAUGCGUGGCGAGGCAAGUUGUAUUCCAUUCCUGUUAGUGCUAUCAAUGCGCAAGGAGUCAAAUCCAUACCGGAGAGAGUGGUACGAUUAUUAGAGGACUAUUGA